CAACGUUGUCCAAUUAGGAGUGGCCCAAAGUUCUUCAUUCUGCCGUGUGUGUUUCCUUUUCUGGCCGUGUUUUUGGCCUGGAAGUUGCCCUGGAAGUUGCCCUGGAAUCCACUGUAUAUCCGUUGGGCUGGGUUCGCAGAAGUGCGCAACCAACACGUUGAGCGCACAGGGUCCGUCAAGGAUUUAGGGUGAGGGCCCAUCGCAGUUGAAUUGAUGGUGCCAUGGUGGAUACCAUGAUUGCUAUCAAGCAGCGAUCGGUAACGGAAUACCCGUAGCUUUGUAUUGGCUCAAUCCUGUUCAUGGUCCCGAUUAGCAGCUUAUCCCCUUAUCAGGCGGCGUGAAAGCCACACCAUACACAAUUUGCAACGUGCAACCAGAGCACUACACGGGAGUCUCAGGACCUUGGCCGCAUACCAUCAACUACAAUAGCAACAGUACACGCUUUCCCAAGCUCCACAGUAAUCCUACACUCUUC